AUGGGAAUGGAGAACAGGAUGACUGCAAAGGUUGACGCUGCAUCUUCAGUUGAACCUCACAGUGUUGAGAUGUCUGGGGCAACUAUUUCAUCUGCACCAUCAAUUGGUACUCAAAAGGUCUCUAUGUUUGCUGCUAAGUCUGGAUUUGUUAUACCGAAAAACAAGCUGUCGGGCUCACUUGUACCCAUCUUCCGUGGAAGUAAAAACCUAGGAGCCAGUGAUGCAGUUAGUGGAGAAAGUAAGAAACAGAUUCAGAGGAAAACAAAAUGGGGCCCUGAUCUGGCCCAAGAUGCUUCCGUGAGAAAGGGAAGAGCCUUAGCUUAUCAGACUCGGGUGGAUCAAAUUACACAACAGCUGAAAUCUGGAAUGUCAGAGGCUGAGAAUGAUGAGGACUUACCAUCAGCACCUCAAGAUCCAGACCACAACUCCUUUAGGCAUCAAAUUGACAGAGAGGACGUAGAACAGUUGGAACUUGAAAAGCGAGAAGUCAUAGGUGAAAUAUUAAAGUUGAAUCCAAGUUACAAGGCCCCACCUGAUUAUAAACCUUUGUUGAAAGAGGCCACAGUUCCUAUUCCUGUGAAAGAAUAUCCUCGAUACAAUUUUGUUGGCCUAAUAUAUGGUCCUGGAAGUGAUAAUCAGAAGCAAUUAGAAAAGGAAACUGGAGCCCAGAUUCAAGUCUAUGGUACCAAAGCAGGGACAGGAGAGAAGGUUGAAAUAAAACCAUCUGAUGGGAGUGAAGUCCAGAGUGGAUAUGAAAAGUUGUACGUUCAUAUAUCAGCGGACACAUUUGAGAAAGUAGAUUCAGCAGUUGCUGUACUUGAACUGCUAGUGACUUCUGUAUCCGGAAAUCUGGCAUCAGUUUCUGGUGAUAAUCCUCAUGCUCCUCCUAGUCAAGGCCCGGACGCUACCACCCCCAACAUGGUUCCUACUAUGUUAAACCAGGGAAUUGUGCAACCAGUGGCAGGACCUACACAGACUCCACCAAAUGGGCAGUUUCAGUACCCUGGUCCAUUUUUCUCUACUGGCCCCUCUUCCACUCCAAUGAAUAUACCUGGUUACCUUCCACUAGAUUCUUCAAGACCAAUUUUCAACAAUCCUUCCUAUCAAUCAACAUCACCCUUCAACUCUACACACUUGCCUUCAUUAUUUGGGCCUCCACCAGCUCUUGUUUCCCCUAGACAAAACCCACCAACACAAGUUUUGCAGCAUUUGUAUAUGGCUCAGACCCACCCUGGUUAUGUUGGCUCGCCAAGAAAUCUUUCUUUGAUGUCUCCCCAGCCUUCGUCAGUUCAAACUAAUAUUUCAGCUCCACUCACAUUCAUGGGAAACCAACCCCCACCAACAGGCCAACCCUCUAAUAUCAGUCCAUUUGCGCCUUCAUUUCCUCAACAUGUGUCUAAUCAUCCACAUGGACCUUCUGGGAACUCUACUGGAUGGUCAAGCGGAGUACCUGCACCACAACCAGGUGUUGCGUCUAUGCCACCACCUUCAAAUAUAUCAACGGCCAAUAUGGUUUCUUCUGUUGCCUUCCCACCUGGGCCUUCCACUCUGUUAUCAAGUGCUCCUGUAAACCAUGCAGCACCAAGUUUUACUUCUAUUCCACGGCCUCAAGUGGGAAUUCCUUCUACAUUAGCAGCUUCUAUGCUUCCAAUGCCUGCAGUUGCACAACCUAAACCAUUUAUGAGCCCUUUAUCAGGUCCUGUUCCAGCUCAUUCAACAGGACCAGUUACAUCUCUAGCCCCAUCUAUGCAACCAAGAGUGCCAAUUUCUGUUACUGGAAGUGUACCGAAUUUCACCCCCCAAAAACCACCAAUGAUGACAGCUCCAAGCCCUGGCGAUUUCACUUUUCAGCCUCACCGGCCACAGAAUCCAUCCUUCCAACCAGUUCCCCAGCCAAACAGUCACUUUGCAGCACACAGUGCUUCCCCUGCUAGACCAAUGAUUCCUCAUCCAUCACCUCAGGCACCGUCUUUCCAGUUGCCUGUGCAAAAUAUGACUCCUCAGCUGGGAAGUGAGGUGUUAUCGAGGCCACAGGUUGGCGAGCACAUGGGUCAACCUCCACCAGCUCAUAUAUCUGCUGUUCCCUUUGCCAGAAAUUCAACUGCCAUCUCAGUUCCUCCCAGACAUGCAACAUAUCUAGACACCAGUCCUGUUGCACCUAGGACGCCACACCUGCCAAUGAGACCAAGGAACUUCAAUCCAGCCCACCAAAUGCCCAAUUUUCCCAUUCCUCUGCCCCCAAGGCCGGGAAAUCAUAUUCAAAUUCAGCAAAAUUAUCCUGCUCACUUGACUCGUCCUGAGAUGCCACAGGCUCCAAAUCAACAGUUCAGCAACAAUCUUGCAUUUGCCUCUGGUAAGCCAGCGCCUAGGCCUGGAGGACAGCAGCUUUAUGAUCCGUUCUCACCCACAUCCAUGUCUACUGCAACUCAACAGCAGGGAGGUAAUCCAGCAAAGAUGGGAAAGUAG